AUUGCUGCUACUCCCUCGCUCUCUCUAUCUCUCUCACCAGUAUUUAACGUUGAAUCACAUCAUCUCAGAAUUCAGAGUACUUCCCCCUUUCUUUUCUCCUUCUCGGAAUUAAAUAUUUACACAGAGGAGUUCAGGCCUCAAGAAGAAGUGACGAGACCCAUGUGCUUCUCCUUUGUUUGCUUUUGAGGAGAGAAAUAGAAAAUUAAACAAAGAGGCAUCAUCUACUUGUACUUCAAGUCUACAAUUUUCACUCGGGGGGAAAAAAAAAAAAAAAAAAGUCUACAAUUUACUUGUACAAAACUCACAUACAAUCCCAAUACUAGUGUAUGCAACCCAUUGUUAUCCCUUUCUUCUUUUAUAGCUGAGAGAGAGGAAGAGAGAGGAAAGAGAGAGGUGUUCCAUUCCAUCCACUCCAAAGAGCUUUGAAGAAAUGACUAAAGAUGAAGACUUUAAGCUCCUCAAGAUCCAGACUUGUGUUCUCAAAGUGAACAUACACUGUGAUGGGUGUAAGCAGAAAGUGAAGAAACUGCUUCAGAGAAUUGAAGGUGUUUACCAAGUCAGCAUUGAUGCUGAUCAGCAGAAAGUAACAAUUUCAGGGGUUAUAGACUCUGCCACUUUGAUCAAGAAAUUGGUUAGAGCUGGGAAACAUGCUGAGCUUUGGUCCCAGCAGAAGGCCAAUCAGAACCAAAACCAGAAGCAAAAGAACACCAACUGCAUCAAGGACAACAAAGGCCAAAAGCAGCAGGGGGGGAUAAUAAAGGGCCUUGAAGCCUUCAAAAACCAGCAGCAGCAGAAGUUCCCCAAUUUCCUUAUUGAAGAGGAUAUUGAUGACUUCUUGGAGGAGGAGGAGGAGGAGGAUGAAGAUGAUGAGUUGAGGUUUCUGAGGCAGAAAGUGAACCAGCUGAGGCAUCAAGCAAUUGAUGCAAACAACAAUGCAAAGAAAGGUGUUGCGGCUGCAGCUAAUCCCAACAAUAGUGUCAAGAUCACAAACAAUCACAAUGCUGGAAAGAAGGGAGUGCAGCACCCAAAUCAGAAUGUGCAGGGCAUGAAGGUGAUUAAUCCAGGCGGGAUUGAUCCCAAAACCAUGGCAGCACUGAACCUGGGCAACAUUGCUCAAUUGGGUGGUGGAAACAUCAAUUUGAGUGGGGAAGUCAAGAGGGGGAAUAACCAUGACCUCAGUGCCAUGAUGAAUUUGGCUGGCUUUCAUGGCAAUGGUGCCGCAAAUGCUGCUACUUCUGCUGCUGGUAUGGGUGGCAAUCCCAAUGUUAGUCUAGCAGCAUUGCAACAAGCGCUUCAAUCUCAGCAAGCUCAAGCUGCAGGCAGUGGAUAUCAGGCUCAAGCAGCUUCUGGAGGGUUCCCUAGUGGUGGUUAUGCGACGGGCCAAUAUCCGCAGACCAUGAUGAUGAACACAAAUGGCUACGGGCAUCCAUCGCAGAUGAUGAACAUGAAUAUGCAGGCGAGGCAAGCAAUGCAGCAGCAGCAACCUCAGAUGAUGUAUCAUAGGUCUCCAUUCAGUCCUCCUAGUACUACUGGUUAUUACCACAACUAUGGUCCUGCUCUUAGUUCUGUUCCAUAUCCAUACAGUGCUGAGCCUAAUUACAGCAGCGGUGAUGGCAACAAUGCAGCUCAUAUGUUCAAUGAUGAGAACACCAGCAGCUGUUCUAUCAUGUAAUUCUAAUUAUGUAGAAAUGAACGUGUACAGAGAAUGGUGUUUACUCGCAUGACAUAACAUUCUCUGCUAGUGGGUGUUUAGUUAGUUGUGCUUUUGACUGGAUUACUCAUCCUUUGUUGGAGUGAGUCUCAUCACUUAUCAGUGUAUUAUUAUUGUGUAGUUGUUCACAGUAUGUUUUCUAAUUAUUUAUGUCAAUUCCUCUAGUUUGUUUA